UAUAUGCUAGCCGACAGCAGCGACGUCGACUGAGGCAGUAGUAAGCGAUUUAUAAACCAGGCGACAGUGAAAAGUAAAUUUCAUUCAAAAAAUAAUAAAUGUACUGCUAGUAAUUACUAUAAUUGCAAAUAAAAUAGACGGCAGAGAUGGGUAUCUUGGAUAAGAUCUCAGAAAUAGAGAAGGAAAUUGCUCGUACUCAAAAAAACAAAGCAACCGAAUAUCACUUGGGUCUUUUGAAAGCGAAGCUUGCCAAAUAUCGCUCUCAGUUAUUGGAACCAUCAAAAAAAGGUGAAAAGGGAGAUGGUUUUGAUGUUUUGAAAAGUGGUGAUGCGCGAGUCGCGUUAAUUGGUUUCCCUUCGGUUGGUAAGUCCACUUUGUUGUCUACGCUAACCAAGACUGAAUCUGAAGCGGCCAACUAUGAGUUCACCACGCUCACUUGUAUCCCCGGUGUCAUUGAGCACAAGGGUGCUAAUAUACAAUUACUAGAUUUGCCUGGAAUUAUAGAAGGUGCCGCUCAGGGUAAAGGUCGCGGUCGUCAGGUUAUCGCCGUAGCGCGUACGGCCGAUUUGGUCAUCAUGAUGUUGGACGCUACCAAACCGAAUGUACAUCGUGAUUUACUGGAACGUGAGUUGGAAUCAGUGGGCAUAAGACUCAACAAACGCAAACCAAACAUUUACUUCAAGCAGAAGAAGGGUGGUGGCCUUAGCUUUAACUCCACAUGUGCGCUGUCGCGUUGCAAUGAGAAAAUGGUACAAACUAUUUUACACUCAUUUAAAAUUUUCAAUGCGGAGGUACUGUUCCGCGAAGAUUGUACUGAGGAUGAAUUUAUCGAUGUAGUGACGGCCAACCGUGUAUAUUUGCCCUGCUUGUACGUGUACAACAAAAUCGAUCAGAUUUCAAUUGAAGAGGUCGAUCGUUUAGCGCGACAACCCAACUCGAUAGUGGUCAGUUGCAACAUGAAAUUAAAUUUGGACUACCUGUUAGAGGCCUUGUGGGAUGCGUUGCAGCUAAUAAGGGUUUAUACAAAGAAACCAGGUGCACCACCAGAUUUUGAUGAUGGUUUGAUUUUGCGGAGGGGUGUUACAGUUGAACAUGUAUGCCAUGCUAUACAUCGUACACUAGCUGCUCAAUUUAAAUAUGGACUUGUUUGGGGUACUUCCACAAAGUACUCGCCACAACGCGUUGGCAUAUCGCAUAUUAUGGCCGAUGAGGAUGUCAUACAAGUUGUUAAGAAAUGAUAAACACUGAUGAUAUUUAUUAAGAAUAUGCGUUGAGAUUGUGUUGAACGUUGAUUUUUCAUUGGCGAAUUAUAGGCCUUCCAAUAAACACUUUAAUUACAUUUAUUAUUACCUAUUAAAAAUAUAAACAUGUUCAUAAAAUCAGAGAGUAAAAAAUAAUUACUUUUGUAUGUAUUCCGGAAGAGUGUUGCGAAACAUGCAUAGAAUAAUGAACUAUAUCGCUUGCUAAAUAUAACAAAUUGUUGCUGAGCAGUAGCUUAA